AUGGAAGACUUCAAAGAAUUCAUUUCAAAUUGUCAAGUGGUGGAGGUUAUCCCGAAAAAUGGUAAGUUCACUUGGACCAACAUAAGACUUAACUUCUCAAAAAUUUCUGAAAGAUUGGAUCGUUUCUUUGCUGGGGAAUGGUGGAUUAAUGGCAGUUUCUCCAUCAAUACUAACAUCGUCCUGCAAGCUGGAUUAGAUCGUCUCCCUGUUACUUUGUCUAUCAAUCAUGAGGCACCUAAGAACAAAAACUACUUCAAAUUCCAGAGUAUGUGGUGGAGGGAUCCUAAAUUCAUUGGCCUUCUUAAAUCAUGGUGGUUGGAAAGCAAAACCUUUUCGGGAUCUCCUAGCUUUUGUUUUGUAAAGAGAAUUCAAUAUAUCAAAAACAAAAUCAAGCACUGGAACAAGUUCUCAUUCAAAAAUAUCUUCUCUGGAAAACUCAGAAUUGAAGAAGAAUUGGAAGAUAUCAAUAGUAGAGUUAUGCUGGUAGGGAUGGUCAGGGAAGACUUUCUUAAAGAAAAACUCCUUAAGGAACAAUAUGCGGAGCUGUUAAACAGAGAAGAAGUCUAUUGGCGAGAUAAGUCGAGAGCGUUAUGGAUUGCUGAGGGCGAUCGUAAUACAAAAUUUUUCCAUGCGAUUUCAAAAGUCAGAAGGAACAAGAAUAAAAUCACUCCAAUCAUAGAUGAUGGAGGAACAUUGAGAAGCAAUCCUGGGCAGGCUGGCUAUGGAGCAAUCAUUUGGAAUGAGGAUAGGAAUAUUAUGUUUGGUACGUACGGAAAUAUUGGCUGCGCUACAAAUAAUGAAGUAGAAAUAAGAUCCCUUGAGGCCGGGCUUUUACUUUGCAAACAGAAAGGUUUAUCAAAUGUACAGAUUGAGGGUGAUUCUUAG